AUGGCAACCUCCCCGCCUCUCGUCUCCCAAGCUGGGACUAAAUAUUUCUCGCUCGACCAGAAGGGUACCAUUAUUGCCGAGUACAUAUGGAUCGACGCAGAGGGCGGCACCCGGUCCAAGUCGAGGACCCUCCCGGAAAAAGCCACCCCCUACAAACCAGACGAGCUCCCCAUCUGGAACUUCGACGGCUCCUCGACCGGCCAAGCGCCCGGCGACAACUCGGACGUGUACCUGCGGCCGGUGGCCGUGUACCCGGACCCACUGCGGCUGGGCGCCAACAUCCUGGUGCUGGCCGAGUGCUGGGACGCCGACGGCACCCCCAACAAGUACAACCACCGCCACGAGACGGCCAAGCUCAUGGAGGCCCACGCGCAACACGAGCCGUGGUUUGGCCUGGAGCAGGAGUACACCCUGUUGGAUAUGAAUGGGUGGCCGUUUGGUUGGCCCCAGAAUGGGUUCCCGGCGCCUCAGGGCCCGUACUACUGCGGCGUUGGCGCGGGCAAGGUCGUUCAGCGUGAUAUCGUCGAGGCGCAUUACCGCGCGUGUCUGUAUGCUGGGAUCAAGGUCUCCGGGACCAAUGCUGAGUGGGAGUUCCAGGUCGGCCCAUGUGUCGGCAUCGAGAUGGGCGACCAACUCUGGCUCGCCCGGUUCCUGCUGCACCGCAUCGCCGAGGACUUUGGCGUCAAGGUCUCGCUGCACCCGAAGCCGAUCCCCGGGGACUGGAACGGCGCAGGCCUGCACAGCAACUUCUCGACCAGGGAGAUGCGCGAGGAGGGCGGCAUGAAGCACAUCGAGGCGGCCAUCGCCAAGCUGGGCACGCGCCACACGGAGCACAUCGCCGUCUACGGCGCCGACAACGAGAAGCGCCUCACCGGCCGCCACGAGACGGGCUCCAUCGACCAGUUCACGUACGGGGUCGCCAACCGCGGCGCCUCCAUCCGCAUCCCCCGCGAGUGCGCCGCUAAGGGAUGCGGCUACUUUGAGGACCGCCGCCCGGCGUCCAACGCCUGCCCGUAUCAGAUCACGGGCAUCAUCAUGGAGACGAUCUUUGGGCCCGUUUGA